AGCACUCGAGGAGUCGAGAGUCACGUAUUAUGAAACAGUCAGGGACAGGCGCCGGGCUGCUCAUUUUCAGGUAAUUUACACGGUGUGACAGUAACGUUACGCCUUCUACGUACAACUGGGUGUCUCAUCCCAUGGGGCUCCGUCUUUGUGCAACACGGCACAGCCGGUGCGUAUCAAAAGGGGCCUCCCUCUUCAACCCCAGUCCUCGACACCGACCCCAAAUGCCCACCCUACGUCCUCGCAACCGCCAGUCUGAGGCGCCUGCAGCCGCUGCGUCUCCUUCCUCAGUCUCGAAUCUCAGGGAGAGAACGACGCGGUCAUCCGGACAUGAGAAGCAGCCGCUCGAUGAGAUGAGCCACUCGCCAGAUGAAUCGCGGCCGUUGCUUGACGGUGCGGCGUCGUCUGCAGGUGGUGUGGACGCGUCGUCGCGGGAGAGUUUGAGCUGGGCGAGGAGGAACCAGUGGAUUGUGUUCGCUGUCGCCAGUGGAGGGUGUGCGGCCUUCAACGGGGUUUUUGCGAAGUUAACCACCACUGAGCUAACGACGAGGUUCUCGCUUGCGAUUGCGCGCAUGCUGGGUCUGGAGAGCGUAAAGAAUGUCAUCGAAUAUAUCAUGCGAGGUACCUUCUUCGGGUUGAAUCUCACAUUCAACGGUGUUAUGUGGACGCUCUUUACAACCGCCCUCGCCCGGGGCAACUCGACCACCCAAGUAUCUAUCAUAAACACCUCGUCCAACUUUGUUAUCACCGCCAUCCUCGGCCUGGUCAUCUUUUCUGAGUCCCUACCGCCGCUGUGGUGGCUUGGCGCAGCCCUUCUUGUGGCAGGAAACGUGAUUGUUGGACGGAAGGAUGAGGGAGCAACGGCAAAGAAGCAGGAUGAGGACGAGAAUGGAACUGCUGGGUUGGCACCCGGGACAGAAGGUGGAGCGCGCGCCGUCGAGUCGAGCAGUGGAGCGUCGGCUGGCGGAGCUGUCGCCACGGCAGUGAAGGAUGAGGAUGUAGGGGAUUCUGGGGAAGAACAGAUCGAAGAGUAAUUCUUCUGGAUGCAUGGCGCAGCAUUGGUUCUUCUUUCGGGAUCCGGACUCGUGCUUGUCCCUGGAACGCACUGGAAGGCGGCCCUGAGUGGUUCCUUUCCUUUGACACAUAGUUACACCGUCAAUGGGUCCGUGAUACCGCGACGGAAGAAUCCUAUGUUUUGCAAGCCCAACUACAUCCUUCUAGGCCUCUCAAGGUGAGCCGGCUUCUCUCCGGGCCCUUUUCCCCUCCGAUCUAGCGU